AUGGCACCCCCAUCCGUCGACGCCAUUGAUGUCCAGGAAGGAUACCCUUCCACGGACCUCAUUCGCAUCCUUCUUGCGAACCUCAAGAACGACACGAAAGGAUACUCGCGCUACACGAAAUCCUCGACGGCAAUCCUCGUGAAGUCCAAUGAGACUUACGACGGGAUCAUCGAUUUGAUAAAGCAAGUUCACGGAUUCGAGACCAUUGAUGCUUCGAGCUGGGAAGCCUUUGAAAGGUCUGCGGACGGUAUAACCGCAUUGGAAGAUUUCCUCCUUUCGCUCUUGUUGGAGGGCCAUGAUAAGCCAGCGGUACCUGAGGGAGCUAACAUUGCUGAGUUGAUCACUUUCGCGGAGACCUGGGUUGCGCAGCGCGCUAAGGUGGUCGAAGCAGCAGACAGGCUCGAGAAGAUUGCGUCUAAGUCUCGUCUGGUGAAGGAGACCGCCACCUUCAAGAAGGCUAUCCUUCAAGCCCAGAAAGAGGACGACGUAGAUACCAUAUCUGCUGUGGUUACCCAGAUCUCUGCCAACACAUUCAGUGACGAUGACCUGGUUCUCGAGGAAUCGGAGAAGAACGAUGAGAAAUAUGUAACAUUUGUCAAAGAGAGCAUCGCAGACUUCUCCGCCAAAGUUACUUCUUUACCAGAAUCCUGCACGGAGGCUGUCAUCGGCAAAGUGGUAUCCGGAGUGAUGCUUCUGUCCGUUCCCUUCUUGGUAGCCCAAAUGGAUAAUGUCAAUGCAAAAACGGACGCCCAUGUCAAGUCCUCCAAGAUCUGGAAAGCGGCGAAAGACUUCGCCGAAUACCUCAAAGAAAGCCUCGACUCGUCGAAGCUCGAUGAGGACCCGCUCAAAGAGAAAUGGGAGGCUUUCAAGAAACUGCUCUUGGAUAUCGUUGCCCCCGGACCAUUAACGGCACAGCUCUUGACGCUAAUGAGACUGGUGGCUCAAGUCCGACGACCGUUCUAUGGUCGCUCCGUUGCUCUCGUCAAGAUGUGGCAUGCCAUCAAUACCGAGAAGCUCCAAAAUGUCGACGACAAGAAGGAAAGGGGCGCCGUCAUCAAAUCCCUCAAAGCAACAAAGGCAGCGCUCAGCAAAGCGGCGAAGGAGAUCACCUCCUUCGACGAGGGUCUAACACAGCAGGCCCAGAGCGUUGGCGUCGAAUAUGAUGGCCUAUUGGACGACGUGACGGCCCUGGUUGCCAAAUACGCCAGCGACAAGACUGACACGAAGGCAGUUUACCAGACGGCGAAAGAAGUUGAUGAGGGCCAUCUUAAGCGCUUCAGAGAGAAGGUGAAGAAGGUAGCUCCGUGA